AUGGCUCUGGUAGCAUAUUCCGACUCCGAGGGCUCUGAAACUGAGGACACCACCCCAGUCCCAGUCACAGACAAGUCAAAGAAAUCAGAUGUCAAUGCUGGCUUUCAAGUUGAUCGCAGCAACCCGCGCAAGAUCCGCGUCGCCCUUCCGGACUCGAAGCCCGAACACUCCACGGACCAAGAUACCGAAGAUGGACCCGCACGUAAGAAGGUGCGGCUAGGUGCAGGAUCAGGUACUUUCUCCGGAUUUAACUCGAUGCUGCCCGCCCCAAAACGCGCCGCAGAGAAGAAGGGCCCGAUUGCCACAACACGCAAGCCAUUCAGUCUGAAGACUGGUGCUGGUCCAGGAUUCGAUCGCCAGGCCGAUGCCGAGUUCAAACUGGGACUUACAUCAAACGACAACUUUGCGGAGGAUGAUGCAAACGAGGACAUUCCGACAGCGGGUAGUCUGGCGCAAACUGCGACCAACCCAGACACACCAGCAGUUCAAAAGACAGAGAUUGGAGAGGUUAAAUUAAAGGGAAACCCUAUGAUGUUCAGACCGCUGUCAGUGGGACGAACUCAGAAAAAGAAGAAAGUGACAAAGUCGGCGACUGGCACUUCAACAUCUACAUCUACAUCCACAUCAUUAUCUACACUCGCCACAGCCACACAGCCCGCGGUAGAGCAGUCCACGAAAGCGGCACCUCCACCCCCAAAACCAAAAUUCAGCCUGUUCUCUCUUUCCUCAGUGGACUCCGAUACCCAUUCAGAAACACCUGCGGCUGCAUCAGGGACAUACGAGCCCCUGGUAUAUACUACUGAGACCGAGGCAGGCCCAGCCUACGCACCCGACGCUACGCCAGAUGCUUCCUACCCCUACCCCAGCACUAAUUCCGUCUCUUCAUCCCUCGAUAAUAUUGCCAACGAUCUAAAUCUAUCCAAGGCUGAACGACGCCAGCUCUUCGGCCGCAAUGCACCAUCUGUUGACUCGCGCAUCCUUACGUUCAAUACAGACAAGGAAUAUGCCCAUAACCAAGCCCUUGCAGAAACAGAAUUGGCGGGUACACAGCACCAACCUGUCCGUACCAUCAAUACCGCAGGAAAACACAGCUUGCAGCAACUCGUCAAUGCAGCAGUAUCGCAGAAGGAUGCAUUGGAGGAGAGCUUCGCUACCGGAAGGAGGAACAAGAAAGAGGCUGGUGCGAAGUAUGGAUGGUAG